AUGAAAUAUAGUGAGAUACCGCACUUUAGCCACCCUCAACACAAGCUGAAAUUUGAGAACUCAGAAUUUCCAUUCAAAUGUGAUGGCUGCAAGGAGGUAGGGAUUGGAUCGCGCUACAAAUGCAGUAUGUGUGAUUUUGAUCUUCAUAUGCACUGUGCCAUCCCUUCUCCCACAAUCUUCCACUCUUUCUAUACCAAAUGUUCCUUCCAAUUCUUAUCGAGACCUCCCGGCGUUAAGCCUCGCUUUUGUAACGCGUGCGAAAGGGAUGUCACGGGCUUCGUUUACCAUUGCAAAGAUUGUGGAUUUGAUCUUCAUCCUUGCUGUGCAAAGUUGCCCAUUGUUCUUGAUGAUGGAGAAAUUAAGCUAUAUUUGUAUAGGAAGGUGAGUGCAUCGUGUCAAAAAUGUGGACGUAAAGGCAGGAGUUGGAGUUAUAGGUCUUCAUGCAAGAAAUACAAUUUGCAUGUGGCAUGCGUUAAGGACAUGCUCAUGGAGAGUUGGCAAGGGUAUUUAGGCGAAAAGAAGGUCAGGAAAUUUGAUACAAGGAUGCCUAGCUUGAAAAAUACACUCCUUACUCAUAACAAGAGCAAAAGUAAGACCAAGAAAGGUUGGGAGAUGGCUGGAUUAGCCCUGCAGUUUGUUAUAUCGGCUGUGCUCGGAGAUCCAACUAGUAUUAUAGCAGGCGUGAUUGGUUCUAUGAUUUCAAAGGCUUGA